GAGCUACUAUACGGCGACCUCAGGCAUCAAGACACCAUCAGGCAAGAAACCGAGAAGUUCCGCUGAGUCCUGAUUCACCAUGUCCUCACACCCCACCCAUCAUUGUUCGGACACCGAACACCGACCUCUCCGCCGUGAUCCGCCAUCACCAUGCCAGAACCGGUUGGAGCCGCUGCUGCUCCUGCGUACAACACCCGAUCCCACACAGACGGCGCGUCCGCGUCACCCAACUCAGCCACAAGCGGGUUCCUAAUAGCCCGCAUGGAAGGCAUCUUAGAGUCUGUCGCCGAUGCUUUGUCCGGCGGUCACGAGCUUCAGCUCGAGCUCUUGACCCGCGGAAGCCAGCGUAUGCAAGAACUGUGCUUCCCUGGAAAGACUGUGUCCGAAGGUCAGAAGUUUGCCCGACUGCUUUUGAUACUCCAACUGUCCCAUAAUGCCCUUGUGUCUGGUAGGAUCCUGACCAAACGUCAAAUAUACUAUCAGCACAAAGAGUUAUUCGGAAAGCAGCGAGUGGUGGACGAGCUCGUAGACGACCUUGCCGCGACGCUGUCUGUGCAGCGACAUGACUUGAACAUCGUCGCCACGGCAAAAGGCUUAUGUUUUGGUCCGUUGGUAAUCCAUUUACAUGAUGGCACGGUGAUUGAUGCCUCGCUUGGGGAUACGGGCACGCCGAUUCCUCUAGUCAGAGUCAUCUCUGCCUUAGAGUGUCCAUCGAUUCGCUGGGUUUUGGUCGUCGAAAAAGACGCUAUAUUCCGGCCACUUGUCUCAACGGGUUUCUGGACAACGACGCUGUGCGGACCAGGUUUGCUGAUUACCGCAAAGGGCUACCCUGACCUUAUCACGCGAAAUUUCGUGAACCUGUUCUACUCCACGCAUCCAGAAGUGCCCAUCAUCGUGCUCGCCGACUUUGACCCCGACGGCCUCAACAUUUUUCGGUGUUACUGGCCAGACAACGAAAAUUUGACCACAGGUGAACCUGGACAUGGUGACCUAGGACUCCGUUUGCUCGGGGUAAAGUCGGACCACAUCAUUGACGUACCAGCAGCCGACUCCGGCCAGACUCGAGUGAGUCAAGAAUUUCUACCGGAUCACCAGUCACCUUCAGCUAGUAUACAGUAUUCAGGCUCCGCAACUUCCGUGAAUUGUCGUUUCCCGGCUCAAAUACUGUCCGUUCGCGAUCGUAAACAUGUUAGAGGAACGCUCGCCAGGGUGUUGUCCCACAGUGGGGCUGAGGAAGAGGCGGUCGGCUUGGUACGCGAGCUGCAGGUCAUGCUCAUGAUGGGGGUCAAAGCGGAGAUGCAGUGGCUAGAUGACUCGGGGGACAUGACACAAUGGCUGGAGGACAAGUUGACCAUGCUACUUUCACCGUAGGUCUGCCUCAAAUGCGUCUGUCUGAACAUGAAGCGUCGUAUGAAGCGUCGGUAGUCCUGGGAAAAUAGCUUACCCUAGAUUUGAACCUCGGCACAGU